AUGGAUUCUGCUACAGAAACAGAGCAAAUAGAAAAAUUGGAGAAAGAAGCUGAAAGUUUAAAAAUUCGACUUGAAGAUGAGAGAAAAAAAUUAAAUGACGUCACGUUGUUAGAUGUAGCUGACAGAUUAGAACCAAUGAACUGUAUAAACAUAAAGCCCCGAAGAAUUCUUAAGGGUCAUCAAGCAAAAGUGUUAUGCUCAGACUGGUCUCCAGAUAAAAGACACAUAGUAUCUUCAUCUCAAGAUGGUAAGAUGAUAAUAUGGGACGCUUUUACCACAAAUAAAGAGCAUGCUGUUACAAUGCCGACAACUUGGGUGAUGGCUUGUGCUUAUGCUCCAAGUGGUGCUUUGGUAGCUUGCGGAGGUCUCGACAACAAAGUAACAGUCUAUCCUCUGAGCUUGGAAGACGACGUGAGCACUAAAAAAAAAACUGUAGGCACCCAUACGUCUUACAUGUCUUGCUGUGUGUUCCCGAAUAGUGAUCAGCAGAUUUUGACUGGAAGCGGUGAUAGUACUUGUGCUCUUUGGGACGUUGAGAGCGGCCAGCUGCUCCAAAAUUUUCAUGGACACUCAGGCGAUGUGAUGUCCAUCGAUCUGGCUCCCAGUGAGACUGGCAACACUUUCGUGUCCGGGAGCUGCGAUAAAAUGGUCCUGAUCUGGGACAUGAGAAGCGGUCAGUGUGUUCAAAGCUUCGAAGGCCACGAGUCUGAUGUCAACUCGGUAAGAUUUCAUCCAGGUGGUGAUGCUGUUGCUACGGGAUCAGACGACGCUACUUGCCGGUUGUUUGAUCUGAGGGCUGAUAAGGAAGUCGCUGUUUAUGCCAAAGAAAGUAUUAUUUUUGGAGCCAAUUCUGUUGACUUAAGUGUCAGCGGAAGGCUCCUCUUUGCUGGGUAUAAUGAUUAUACUGUCAACAUCUGGGACACUUUGAAAUGUCAACGAGUGGCUUUACUUUACGGUCAUGAAAAUCGGGUUUCUUGUCUUCGGGUUUCACCUGAUGGAACUGCUUUGUCUACUGGCAGCUGGGAUGCCACUCUUCGUGUUUGGGCUUAA